AUGGGCUCUCCUCUCUGGGAUCGGAGCACUGGACAGCCCUGGAGUGCUGCUGGAGCUCUGUGGGGAUGGGCGGUGUCAAGGCUACAGCUGGAUUGGACAACAAGGUUCUUCCACCAGGAUGAAGAGAUGCUGAUUCUGACCCACUGUGAUGAGUUGAACAGAACCUACAGUGAGGACAGCAAUAAUCCUCCGAUGAGGGAGCGAUUAGAUCCUCACUUUGGCGCAUCCUCCAGAACCGUACAGCAGGAGAGUCCAGCUUUUAAAGAAACCAGAGCGACUGUGAUCGCCACUGGACCCAGAACCAUCACUGUGACUUCAGCUGUUUCCUCUGCAGACUCUGUUAAGUAUAUAAACAACAGUAGUUAUGGCAAAAGAAAAAGGUCCCAAGAUGAAGAGAUCGCAAGCAACAGAGAGGAGACCCAGGGUUUCACCCAGAACCAGGGUGACAAGAGGGGACUCUACAGGAAGGCAAAGGUGCUCUCUGAAGAUUCAGAGGAGAAGGCGAGUGAGGAAACUGCGCAGGGGACUAAUCAGUGCUGUACCAGCCUUGAAGAAGAGAGACCAAGGAUGAGUUUGUCUAAUCCAGUGCAGAGCUCCAGUACUCUCACCUCUUAUCUGAAACCUGCCCCCACCAUCACUGCCUGGGAGGCCGGCUGGAACGUCACAAAUGCUAUACAGGGUAUCUUUGUGUUGGGUUUACCCUUUGCUCUGGUCCGGUCCGGGUACAUGGGUCUCUUUGUGCUGGUUAUGUCGGCCUGGGUCUGCAACCACACAGGGAGGAUUCUAGUGUCCUGUCUUUAUGAAGAGGAACAAAGUGGAGGAUCUGGCUCCGGGUCAAAAGUCCGAGUCCGGCACAGCUACCAGGACAUAGUGGAGGCCUGCUGUAAAGGACUGUGGCCCAACUGGCCUGGACUCUGGGGAUGGAUGGUUAAUGUAGCUCAGGUGGUUGAACUGUUGAUGACGUGCACGCUGUAUCUCGUCGUCUCCACCAGCCUCAUGUCCGACAGUCUCUCCUGGAUUACUGUUCCUCGAUCAGUGUGUUCUCUAGUGUCUCUGAUCUUCCUGCUGCCCUGCCUGAUGCUGACUGAUCUCCGGCCAGUCUCCACCUUCAGCCUGCUGUGCUCCCUGGCUCACAUACUGAUUAGCCUUUUGGUCAUGCUGUACUGUCUGAGUCGAGCCAGCAGCUGGUCAUGGACCUCUCUGUCUUUGUCUGUGGACCCGGAGGACUUCCUCGUCUCCGUGGGCGUCAUCAUCUUCUCAUACACCUCACAGAUCUUCCUCCCUCCUCUAGAGGGCAGUAUGGAGAACAGAUGGAAGUUUAAUACCAUGCUUGGUUGGACCCACGGUGCUGCCUGCAUCAUGAAAACAAUGUUUUCUGUACUGGCCGUGCUGACCUGGGGGACACAGACCAGUGAGGUCAUCACAGACAACCUACCCUCUGAUCUGCGACCUCUCAUCAACCUGUGUCUGCUGGCUAAAGCCCUGCUGUCGUACCCUCUGCCAUUCUACUCUGCUGCAGAAAUACUGCAAACCUGUCUGCUUGGAGAUGACGUCAUCUUUUCCUACUCUAAACAUGGAGGUCGACGCAUGUCUCGUCUGGCCCUGUUGAUCCGUGGAGCUUUGCUGAUGACAUCAUAUCUGCUGGCCCUGUUAGUCCCCAGUUUCUCCUUGCUGAUGGGUUUGACAGGCAGCGUGACCGGGGCGGCCAUGACACUCAUCCUGCCGUGCCUGUUUCACCUCAGACUGCAGUGGAGCAGCCUCACUGCGAUAGAGAUAAUGGUGGAUGUGUGUAUACUGAGUGUAGGGGUCGUCUGUAGUGUAUCUGGUAUGAUCUGUUCACUGAAAAGACUUCUGGAAGAGCUAUAGGAAGGAUGGAUGGAUGC